AUGGUCGUCAAGGAAACUGUUUUCGUUCAGUUCUCACAGAAGCAAACGCGAGGUGGUUCUGAGUCGAGUCCAUUUGAUGCCUCGCUUUUCCUGACCAUCGGUACUUGCUGCCGCUGUGCCAUUCAACUGCUGGCCUGGCCAUUGUUUCUGCAACUGGUGUCUCCAGGCCUUGGCAUCAGGAGUAGUGCGACAGCUGGUGCGAUGGCAAUGAUGCAUCCUGCUGUUCUUCCCCUAACGAUAUUUUACAUCAUGGCGAAUGUUGGCAUCAGCAUCACUGCUCUGCUCCUCGUGCAGAAGUCAUCAGCAUCGACCGUAGUUCUUGCCAAUGUGGAAGGGCUGCUCUCAGGUUGCGCUGCCGUUGUCGGCUUUGCUCUUCUGUCUUCCACUGCCAUCGCUGGAGCGGCAGGUAUUCCAGUGGCGAUUCGCGGUCAGUCUCUUGCUGAUUGUUCUGGGGAUCCGUGGCUGCAGACACAGACAUACACGACUGCAAUUUCGCAUGCCUCCACACUGAUGGAGACGCCGAGGCUCAGUGAAGCCGAUGCCAGCAGCUGUGAGGGCAUUCGAGCAGGGCGAUCUCUGAAAUUGGCCGCCGAGUGCGUCUUAGCGGGCGGCAUGCAGGUUUCUACGCUGCCCUGGCCCCAUAUCAUCCGAGCCCUCUCCGAAUGCCCGCCGAUCGAGAGGAUCGAAGAGUCAGUGCUCCAGAUGAAUGCAGCCUGCAAUUUCCGCGAUGCCAGAGGUGACGAUGCGUCGGAAGGCUUAUACACCAGCUCGACGGCAUUCCUGCGAUUGCACCUUUUCCAAUCGCAACUGGGGGUGGAGAUGCUGAGCCGGCAUUUGCAGAAGCAGGUUUGCAGGCGACCGCUGUGCAGAGGCUAUGCGGAGCUUCUGCGGCAACGUGUCAGGGGAUGUCCCGAGGACGCCGGGCACAAGGGCGUAAUCGCCAGAGUGGCUCGAGCUGUUGACACUACCAUGGCUUCAUGCCUGGAGGUCCACAGCGCCAGCCACGGCGAUGCUACUCACUCGGAAGUCUCGUCUGGUGGUGGAGCCCUGGCCGGGGUGUGGUCCAGCGAUAUGAGCGAGAAGAACCACGUGUUGAUAUCAGGCCUCGAUACAGGCAGCGCUGCGGAAAUGCGUGCUGUGGAAGCUGCAGUUGGCAGGAUCUUGGCCGAUGAAUUGCAACUUCCACUGUUUGCUUUUGAGGAGCGGGGUCAAAGCUUCGCCGAUAUCUUCGAUCCACUUCUUGGAGGGCCGAACGUGUUCACCGUCACUGAGUCUCGCCUGCGUGUCGCUGCUCAGCUUACGCCGCUGCCGAGUGGGGAGCCUUUCGACGAGUCAGUUGGACGCUUCAAUGAGCCGAAGCAGGAGAUCCCUGUGCAGCAGAAUGCCUACUUUGCCGAGCAGCACAACCUUCAAAUGCUUGCAAUCCAACCUCGGUGGAACGAACAAGGCAUUGAUCCUUCGCGGCUGAGGAUUCGAAUCAUCUUCGAGGAAGUCGUGACAAAAGAUGAUCCGUCCGCGGUCAUUAGGGUAUUCCCAGUGGCCUUGCGAGAUAUCUGUUCGAGCCUGAAGCCGGAUGACGAACUCCAGUGGCAGAAGUUUCCGGCAGACACCGGUCUUGGGUCUCUUGAGCCUGCCAGUGGUGGAUCCGGCGCUGAUCCCUUGGACAGCGUACCCGUCGGAUUCGUUUGUCACGUCAUAGCAGCUGGAGAUGACGUUCAGGUCCUUGCAAGUGGUGAGGUGCUGCAGAUAGAACUUUCACAGCCUCUUCUCCGCAACACCAAAUACGUGGUUUUGCUGCCGCCACGCAUCGUGAAAGCCGCCAUGGGCAGUACGACUUUCCCAGGCGCUCUCUGGGAGGGUUGGCCAAGCGAGGAAGGCCAAGACAACCAGGAGUACGUGUUCACCACGGGAACCCCCAAAGUGUCCAACGCGAGGCUUUCCAUUGCCGUCAGCUGCAGUUCCGAAGAGGAGUGCGAACGGCAGAGGCGCCUGGUUAGCGAGCAAGGUAUGGAGGAUCUUGCGAGCCGCGCAUCCUGUUUCGCAGCAUGGUUCCGCUGCAACCAGGACCCGGUUGCACAGAAACAUUGCGAAAUUCCUGAUCAAAGUACGCAGUGGUGUGACCCUCAUGGCAGCUGGGCACCUUCUUGGUCUCCACCACGGAAAAAGCAGGAUCUCCAGUUGAGCAGCGUCCCAGAUCAGGCCGUCUCGGAGGUGCAGUCAAUCUACUUGCCGAGUUGGGUCUACAUUGUAUCCUUAGCUGCCUGGGUACAGGGCACCUUUGCAACUCUGCGAGCAGCUUGGUGGGUGAGCGACCUUUACACUCAGAGCCGCGACUUCGACCCGUACGUCGCACAGGGCAGCCGCAGUUUGCCCUUGAAAGCUUGCGCAGUCUCUAUGGCGAUUCCGCUGUUGGUCGGCAUCCUUGGCGCAUUCUUUGCUGUUCCAGUCUUUCGCAUUGCUGUGCGCGGAUUGUGGAGCCAGGGUGGUAGCAACCAGCAAGGGGCUUUGGUUGAUGCUGAACGGCUUCACCAUCAACUAGCAGCUGCAUUUACAGUAUGCUUCUGUGCAAGUGAGGCCUUCACAGCUGUUUUCGCGUACAGCCUCAUCGCCCGCUUCAAGAGUUGGGUCGCAGACAAGGGGCAGCUGAUCUCCAUCAGCAGCCUGUGCUGUGCCGCUGCUGGGGCGGCUGGUGCUGCCUGCGGAUGGGUCGCAUCUUCUGGUGUUCGCCACAUGACGCACCCGUCUCUGGGGCUUGCUCUGGGCAUCGUGGUGCUUUUGGCCGGCGUAGUGUUCGCGCACCUCCUGUCCCUAACGAUCAUGCCUGGGGCGAUUUUUGGGCUGCUGUGGGAGAUGCCUGGCAUAGGUGACAUCCUUUCGCACGCGGUCAAAUACCAAGUCUUCCAUUGGCGAAAGUGGUUUGACCAUGGCCGCGAAUCAGGUGGCUCAUGGUCUGACUUUGUCCUUCUCAUUGCAGACAUUGAGGUGGACGAAGGAUUUGUUCAAAGCAUGCUGAACAUGGGCAUGGACGAUGGCCAUUUGUUCAUCAAGUUUUAUUGUUCUGAGACUCCGCAAGAUGUGUCAGCCACAAGAAGUCAGGCGGUGCAGUGGGAAGGUGCUGAUGACGGCCUGGUGCAGAAGUUCGAUGGCGAAGAUAUCUUUGUCAACUUCACGAAUCCCCUUGCACUCCUGCGUGUAGAUGUCAUGUUCCAGGAGGAGACAGCCAAUCGGCCAGAGUGUGUGGCAACCACGAUAUGGGAUCCCUGGUGUGCGAACUUGCUCAACAAGUACUUCUCCAAUUUUGUAUUGUGCGAUGCUCGAUCGGACCAUGCUGACUUCUGGAACCCGAAGGAUGUGUUUCACGCAGAUGGCCGGCCAAUUGAUGGAGUCUUUCUGGAGCUCGAGUUAAAUCUGACUCGGCAUCGGACAGACUGUGGUCCGGAAAUGGGACUUCUAAGGUUUCAUGCCACACAUAUGGGUGGCUUCGGUAGCAAGCGCCAGAGCCGGCUGCAUCCGUGGGAGAAGCCUGAAAAGCUCUUGGCGCUUGGUGAUACAAUCCCUGGACGAAACAACAUCUAUUGGAGGAGACCGGUUGUUGACGUGAGGAAGACGGACUUUCAAGAUGGCCGGUUCCAUCGAGCUCCUGAGGAAGAGGAGGAGGAGCAGCGCCGCAUGGCCCAUAGGCAGGAGUUGCGACAUCAGCUCGAACAUCAACAGCAUCAGCAAACACCUCGCCCUCGCUCUCCUCGCUCUCCAUCCUGGAGGCACAAGGUUUGGGUUAUGUUGUGCUGA